UUAUUUCCGCCUUUUUACCUUUUUAAUAAUAGUGAUUCAUUAAAAAGUAAAUGGAUGGAGAAUCACUUAAUGAGGACAAAUGAAUGUUUUCAUUGUUGGAUGCUACAGAUGCCUAUAAUUAGAUGCUGACGCUGCAAUAAAGCAGGCUUCACGUGAGGCGGAAACAGAGGAGGGCGCGCGGAUCAGGACAAGGAUCAGGUUGUACUGCGGAACUAUCAGGGCAAUAAACCGGAGGCUGGACGUGCCCCUCUCCUCCUUCUGUGUCUCGGCUCCUCCGCAGUGCACUUGCAGCUGAGCUGAACUCCGCGCAGGACGCUCUCCUCCUCCUCCUCCUCCUCCUCCUCUUCCUCUGCGCCUCGGUGCGUGCGCUCUGCUCUGCUCGGGGGCUGAUUGACGCGCGGUCGUGCGGACUCAUUGAGAAAAUCCGCGCCGCUGGAUUUAUAAUGAGAUGUCCUGCUGAGGGGCUCUGCUCUUCCUCACAGCGACCUGUUCUCUGCUCAAGAAGAUCUGUUUCAUGUGAGUCCAGCAGCAGAAGCAGGAUGACUUCUGUCUCAUCGGUUUUGACUUUGUGCGCGCUGGUGACUUUAGCGCAGGCAAACGAGACGGAGCGAGGUCUGGAUCUGCCCUGUGGUACCGACCGGUACACCAAAGAUGGAGAGUGCUGCGAAGAGUGUCCACCUGGAGAGGGAGUGGUGAGGGAAUGUGGCGCCACUCAGACUGUCUGCUCUCAGUGUUUGGACAGUGAGACCUUCUCAGAGAGCUACAGCCUCACAGAGAAGUGCAUGCCAUGCACUCAGUGUGUCGGUUUGAUGCGGAUGGUGGCGCCCUGCACCGACAUCAGUGACGCAAAAUGUCAGUGCGACUACAACUUCUACUUUAACCCGCUGUCCGAUCGCUGUGAGAGGUGCACGGUGUGCCCGAGGGGUCAGGGCGUGUACUCCCAGUGUGAUCAUGACCAGGACACGGUCUGUGAGGACUGCGUGGAUGAGACGUACUCCGAUCAGGACAGUUCAGUGGAACCCUGCCUGCCCUGCACCAUCUGUGAGGAGGACCUGGAGACACUGGAGUCUGAGUGCACACCCACCACAGACGCUGUGUGCUUUAAUCCCAACGCCCCCACAGAUGUCAUUCCAACCUCUGACAUGACAGAUACCUUCCCAUCUGAAGACUUCCCCAACCUGGACAACCCAUGGCCAAGCAGCGAGACCACUACACCCAGGGCCGGCUCGCCUCACUUCCUGGGCCACGGCUUCAAUGAAAACCUCAUUCCCAUCUACUGCUCCAUCCUGGCCGCUGUGGUGGUGGGGUUGAUGGCUUACAUCGUCUUCAAGAGGUGGAAUAGCUGCAAGCAGAACAAACAGGCAGCUAACAAUCGUGCAGCGACAAACAACCAGAUGGUGACGCCGGAGGGGGAAAAGCUGCACAGCGACAGCGGCAUCUCAGUGGACACUCAGAGCCUGCAGGAGCAGCAGCAGCACGGUCAGGCUGAAGUCCAACCUCAGCCGUCACGCUCACACACCCAGGAACAGAUAGUGGUCAGGGUGGACGGCAGCUCCCAGCCGAAUUCACCUCCCCCCAAUGUCUGAAGAGGAAGAGGAGGUGUCGGGGCUGAGGACUUGGCAACAGAGAUGUGAGGACUUUACCAAGGACCAAAGUGGAGACAUGGGGGCGCCACAGAGAGACUUUAAAAACAGACUUUUGUGGACCUUCCGUUUGGGCCACAGUGUGACUCAUCCGACACUCUGAGUCCACCUCUGUCUUUUGCCUGGAAACAAAACCAAUGGCAAUACUGAUCACUGAACCACAGACAGGUAAUAACGGACACAUGCCAGUUCAUUUUAAGGGAAAAUCCCAGUUUGUUGACAUGCGACUCUCAUUCGCUGCCACUUUAGAAUCUUCCUCCCUUUUUGAAGUUUCCUAUUUUACUUUCAGUCGUAUGAUCAGCUGCUGUGGCUCACGAGCGCCUGAAAGGCAAAAAAGACAGACUCUGAUGUCUGUAUUUACUUUUUUCCCAGCAUCAAAGAGUCCGAAGCAGCCCCUUUCAUAUUCUCCUCUUUGGUGUCCUGCUCUCAGAUAAUCCUGGUCCCUCUUUGUGAGGCGCAUUGCAAAUCACCAACUGUCAGAGCAGCACAGAAAUGCUGCAGGGGAGUCGGACUCAGUCCCAACUUUUUCUGAUUGAUAAUCAGGAACUGGAUCCUCUUCAACUCCACUAAUCUCUUCAGAGUGCCUCCACAGUUUCUAUUUUAACAGCUUCCUGGACUUAAGGUGACUCAGCUAGAUGUUUGCUUUAUUUUUUUGCUUUUGCUUUGUCGCUUGAGUUUUUAGUCCACGUUUCUUUUUGGAUGCUGGAGAGGAGAACCUCAGGUGUGUGAGGAGAAAAAAGGGAAUUGAUCUGAGCUGGGAUGUCAUCACAGGUGUGUAAAUUCAUUUUGGACUGAAGAAAAGAGUAAAAUCUGCCUGAAGGAAUCCCAUCUUUUAAGUGGAAAAAAAGGGACUCCCCUCUGGAGAUAAAAACAUUUUUACAUGCAUACACUCCCUCCCACCAACUUUGUUUUACAGAGUGUCCUCUGACUGUAAGGCUUUGUCACUGGCACUCAUGUCAACAACGAGCCCAUUAGGGAAACGUCCUCACACAAAGGUAAUCACAUAACCUCAUGGGCUCAAGCUUCCUUCACCCUCCUGUCCACUUCCAGCAGGAUGGAUGCUGCAGACGUCACAGCCUGGAUGGGGGGACUGGCAUUUCCAUCGCUAUGGAGAUUUAAAGCAGUCACUUCUUAAGCUUGAGGGCAGCUUUCUAGUAGAAGACACCUUCCAGCUGCUAAUUUAAACUGCAAAAUGGAAAGACUUUGACGGAGGGGGAAAGAAGGAAGUUCUCAGGCUUGAAUUCCCUCAUGACCUGAAACAUCAUGUAAAUGUUGAAUUAUCAAACUUUAAUCUAAAAGUUUUAAAGAAGGUUCUACGAUUCUUAUUUCUAGAAAACCUCUGACCUGACGGAUAGUUGAGAAAAAGGUUGCUCCUUUAGAAAGGGAUUUUUUAUGUUACAUUUAGUGGCUAAAACUGACCAGGGGUUGGUUCUGUGGUGGUCCAGCUCAGAUGGGACAGACGUGCUCUGCUUAUAUUUACAAAAAUAUUUAAGAAGAUGUUGUUUCUAAAUACAGAGAGUCAAUGUUCAUGCAUCAUUCAGGAAUGGAUCGAUUCAGAAGUCUGCUGUAAAGAUUGAACGCAACAUUUUCCCAAGAUUUGCUGAGAUGUGGAUGUUUUACGACUUUUGCAGCUUUGUGUUCGCUAUCUGAUUGGUUGAACAGUGAAAUUGGCCUGAAAUUAUAGUCAGUAGGACUCUGUAUGAGGGUGUGAAUACUUCAAAAGACACUUUCACUUGUUUGAAGUUCUUUAAAGUUCAGUGUUAAGCAGAAAAAGUCUCCACAGACAGGAAGUUGCAGGGAAUAUGAGUCAUUGCGUUGCAUUGCAUCGAUCACACGGCCACCGAAGCUUGGCGAUUUCUUUCGCUGUGAUUCAUCAAUCGCUCCAGUGUGAUAAAUGGAAGCGCGGCUCUGCGGAUGCUAACAGCUCCGAGGCUGUUGUGGUGGGGACACGUGACCGGGCGCACAAAGACGAGUGUAUGAUUCACUCUUCUCCCGAGUGAGCCAGUGUGAUUCAUCCUGAUCCUGGCUGUGACAUUAAAGCAGACUCAACUGUGAGUGACCAGAGUUGAAUUGAAGGGAGAGAAAGAAAAAAACCCUGAAAUGCCUCAACUCCAUCUCCCCCCUGAGGCCCAAUCAGCCCUCCAGCAGCGCGCUCAUCCGCCCUGCGCUGAGGUCCUCUACUUCUCCUCCAGCUUGUGAAGACAGAAACUAUGAGAAUGUGACGCCUGGCAACAAACAGGAAAUAUGCAAGACGCGUUCACAAACUACGUCUGACUUUAUUCUUUAGCAUUUUCUCUUUUUUUUCUUUCUUUGCUGUAUGUUUAUACUAUGAAUUGUACUACUUUCUAACUGAUGUUAUUUUGUAGCACUUAUAGGAGAUAAUAUGAAUUCACUCAAAGAGUGUACCACAGUUCAAGUGCCUGCAUUACCCAGAGUUUUUGAGUUCAGAAGUUUAUGCUCUUUUUUUUUUUUUUUUUUUUUUUUUUUUUUACCACGUGUUUUGUGUCUUAACAGAAUAUUUUUUAAUGCAAUGAAGGCUUUUCGUGAACUGAAGUCACAACUAAACCUUUGGAGACUCAUGCAAGCUGUAAAAAAGAGGUUCCCAUGUAAAGUCUUGUGUUGAAAUCAUGGUUUCUGCAUUCAUCUGCAAGAAGUAAAACGGCGAUUCUUCUUUUGAGCCGGGACUUAUACAUGCACACAUUUGAGAAGCUUCAAAUGACCAGACGCUAGUAAGAAUAGUUUGCACAAAUGAAUGCAGAAACCAUGCAGGAAGCUUUACAUUAAAACCUGAAUGCCAGAGAACACAUACUGUAUGUAACAUGCUAUAAAUAAAAGCUCAUGUAGCGUUGUAAAACAUUUACAUGCCAUCAGGUACUUCUAAACCUACAUGAGCUAUAUGUCAAUAGAGAUCAGCUCAACUGUACAGAUGUGUUGCAUGUACAGUAGCUUUCAGGCAGCAGGACGUGUAGUGUGCAGCACAGUGAAGCCUUUGGGGAGUUUCACUGUCAACGUGGGAUUUUACUUGAUACAGACUCUUCAGGACCUGGUCCCCAUAGAAGCUGAAUGUCAACUGUAGUUAUCUACUAAUGUUAAAUGCAUUCUUAGAGUUGAUACGAAAUAAACUAUAAAAUGUUAAAAAAAAGACAGAAAUGUGUGAAAGUGAAAUGAACA